AUGGGGUGGCGUUUGCAGAGCAUACAAAGAGAGCUCUCAGUGGUUCUGCUGCGGGCAGAUGGACUUGACCAAGCGAAACACCGUGUGCCUCGUGCAUUGCAUCCAACGCAUAGUUGGAACAAGCUGUGGCGCCCACCGCAGACAAUCCAAAUGGUGCACGCCAGCGGCCAUGGCCUGCACUUUGCGGUCCUUGAUUUCGACGUUCCGAAAAAUACAAAUUCCAAUGUGGAGUGCAUCAGCCGCAUGCUGAACGUGGUCUUUGAGAACAUGGGAGCUAUGCCGCACCAGCUCGUCCUGAUCCAGGACAAUUGUAGCCGCGAAUGCAAAAACCAGAAGAUUCUCAAAUGGGCACUGAAGUUGAAGAUACUUUCUGUGAUAGAUUCUGUACUUCUUCUUUAUCCUCAAAAAGGACACACGCACGGACCACUGGACGCCACAGGAGGCCAGGCAAUCACGAAAUGCAGCCUGAGCAGCUUCGACACACCUGAAGAACUCUGUGCAAUAUAUGACUCAUUUCUGAAGCAGUCUCAAUGCGACGAGGGCACAAAGAGAUCACUUUUGUCAUACAAGUGCGACGAGCAAGCCAACUGGGAGCAAUGGUGGGACGAAAUUGGACUGCAGUUCAACAAUCUCACUGGACCUCUUGCCCCACACUCGUUUGAGAUCAAGUAUCUCAAGGACCUGGGCUAUCUCGAAACUGCAGCCUUGGACAUCCUUUGGCCCUUGGUGUUCAUGCCUGCAGGGGCUCCAGCUAGCCACCCCCUCGACAUUGUCAUGGUCGUUCGGCAGAGAAUGUCUUCCAAGCGAUACCACCAAGUGGCACUUUGUGUUCCUGGACGAAGCAUUCCUGCCCUGCGGUUGCGACUCUCUGCUCAGCCUGAAGGCUUAUUUCCCAGGAAACCAUUAUCCAAGGACAACCAGAUGCAGAUUAUCAAGCGUGCCGAGGAAGUGUACAAGAACGGACACAUCAGUGAGGAAGCGUAUGAAUUUCUCAGUGGCUGGGCAAAAGGAACACGGCGCAGGCAUCUCCGGCCCUCCAGCUACCCAUUUCUGCAACACAGGCUGGUUGUUGUCCAAAACGUUGAAUACAUUGCAUAG